GCCGCCCCGGAGAGGACGCCGGAGCCCCGCGGCCGGGGCCACCCCGCGGUGCGUGGGAUGAAGGGAGCCUGACGCCUGCCCGGAGAGGAGACCCCAGCCCCUGCAGAGCUGCCCACCAUGAGCAAGGCGCUGCUGGCAGGCAGGAUGCAGCCGGAGAGCCGGAACGUCUGUGUCUUCCUGCCCACCCGGGAGCAGCUCAGCCUAGCUGUCGGGGUCAAAGCCACUGGACAGGAGCUCUUUCAGCAAGUUUGUGAUUUAGUGAAGAUUAAAGAGCCUCACUUCUUUGGCCUCAGCAUUGUUAAAAAUAAUGAAUAUGUUUUUAUAGACCUGGAGCAGAAGCUUAGCAAAUACUUUUCAAAGGAAUGGAAGAAAGAGACCACCAAAGGAACAGAGAAAUUCAGCCCUCCUUUUGUUGCGUUCUUUAGAGUACAAUACUACGUAGAAAAUGGAAGAGUAAUAAGCGAUAAAGUGGCACGGCAGCUCUACUACUGCCAUCUCAAAGAGCAAGUACUUAUGUCUCGGUGCAACCACAAAGAAGAAAUCUACUUCUUGUUGGCUGCCUACAGCUUACAGGCAGACUUGGGCAACUACAGGGAGAAGGUCCAUGCUGGCAAAUAUUUUGAACCCCAGGCUUAUUUCCCGCAAUGGAUAAUUGCGAAGAGGGGGAGCGACUACAUCUUGAAACAUGCCCCAGAGAUGCACCGAGAACAGCAAGGGCUGAGUGCUAAGGAAGCAGUGCUGAAGUUCAUUAAGGAGUCCUGCCUGCUGGAAGAUGUGCCCGUCCACUUCUAUAGACUGCAGAAGGAUAAGAAGGAGGAUCGCCCGACGGUUAUCCUGGGCCUGACCCUGAGAGGAAUGCACAUCUAUCAGGAGGUGAAUCAUGUUCGCCAGCUCCUCUAUGACUUUCCCUGGUCGCACAUCGGGAAGCUGGCAUUUCUGGGGAAGAAAUUUGAGAUCCAGCCAGAUGGUUUGCCCUCUGCACGGAAACUGGUUUACUACACGGGUUGCCCCUUCAGGUCGCGGCACUUGCUGCAGCUCCUCAGCAACAGUCAUCGGCUCUUUCUGAAUAUCCAGCCAGUGUUGAAGCAAAUCCGAAAACUGGAGGAGGCUGAAGAGAAGAAGCGCUACCGGGAGUCCUAUAUCAGUGAUACGCUAGACAUGGACCUGGACCCGUGCGAUAAGAACUCGCGCGGCAGCGGGAGCAGUGGGGGCAGCCGGAGGGAUAACCGUCUCUCACGCCAGUCCACGGGGAGUCACGGCAGCUCUCACACAUCAGGCAUCGAGGCUGACUCCAGGCACCGGGUGUCGGUGGAAAUGUCAGUGGAUGAGCCCUUCAGCAUUGACCGGGUGCAUAGCAAAGAGAAAUCCUGCAGCUCAACCAUCAGCUACAGUAGCUCUGGCAUUGACAGUGGCAGCAAAGGGCGGGCUGAAGACGACUCUCAGGAUGAUGAGCUUGAGCUGGCAGUAGAUGAGCCAGAGGAGGUGCCUGUAGAUGAGCCUUUAGAGGGAGACCAGUUAGAGGAGGCCAUUGUGGGAGAAUCUGUUGAAUCUCUUCCUCUAGAUGCUGCUAGCUGCCAAGCUGUGAAUCAGGAAUCACUGUCUGUGGUGCAAGUCACGCUAAUAAAAAUGAGAGGCCAAAGUGUGGAAUCCCUUCACCAGGUCAGAUCACCCAAAAGCAGGAGCUGCACAGACCAGCACAGCCAGAGUUUGGAUGACAUCCGCCUUUACAAGCACCGGCACCCACCACUAAGUGCCACGUUGUCUUCAGACACGUCCCACAGCUACACAUUUGGCUGCAGCCUGGAGGAUAAGCUGUCUAUCUAUGGCUGCGUUUAUUCCACAGCGGACUGCAAAACCAAGUCUGCCCUUUAUGGGAAGCGAUCCAUGAACUGCCUCUCCUUGGAUCUUCUGGGAGAGGACCAGCUCCCGGAGGAAUUUGUGGUGUAAUGAGAUUGGAGUUCUUCCAUACCAGGAAACAGCUCAUCAUGGAAAUAUAUACCUCAUUAACACGUGUGAUGUCACUCUGGUUCUUGCAGGAGAUUGAGAGAAGCUUUGUUAUUCAGCUCCAUAAUCAGUAAGUGGCAUCACUUCUGCAGACCUGACUACAGGGCAAAUCAACUGGAGUGUAGCACUUAACAUUGGCAUUGGAAGUGUCUGUCUGAGCAGAAAAUGGAAGUGGCCUGCACCAUUAGCAGUGACACUACCAACAUAAAAACCAAAAACAGUGGACCAAAACUGACACUGAGCUAGUAAAGUAAAUACUGUGUCUAAAUGGAUUUAUCAGAAAGAAAUUUAAAGUCUAUGUCAGUUUAUCUUCCUGUGUUUCUCUUGUGGUCCAUUUAUGUUAAUGCUAGUGUACAGAUAGUUUGGUUGUCUUGAGUUUGUGCUGCUGCAACACUGCCAACAGCUGUCAGGCCAGGAUAUACUCUGAGCACAUUUGGAGGGCUGUGUAUGGAAGUAUCUAGCCUGUUCCUGUUCUGAUGAACACAAGUUGCCUAUUUGCUUUAUUGGGAGCAAGACCUGCUCUGCCAGGAGUUUAUUCUCUUAUUUUUGUUGUUGUUUUGUUUUGUUGUAAGCAUCCAGCCAAAUACAAUGUGUGUUCUUUUUUUUUUUUUCUUCAAUGCAACAAAUGGAACUGUCUGUCAGCUUUCUACUACUGCCAUGAUGCAGAUUGGUAAAUAAAUGCUUCUAUCCUUGGGGAUAGAUGGGGGAGGGGAUAAAACAACUGAGCUGCUUCUGAGAGUACAGAAGACAAGAGCGUUAAUUGACUGGCUCUUGAAGACAGGAGUGUGACUGGAGAAUCUGUCCAGGCAUGAUCACCCCUUACUUUGAAUCACACUUUUAUGUUGUUCUUUUCUUUGUUUUUAAUAAAUCUGUUCCUUAGAAAUUUUUCCUCUGCUUAGGAGGCAAGUAUGGACUAGAAAAAGUCGCUUUGGAAGGACAGACAGAGUGACUGCAUCCAACUUAGUCAUGGAUAGGUCAUGCAAGUGUGAGUGCGUGGUGCUGCAGGGCUGGUGAUGGUGGAAGCGCAGCGUGUUUGUGUGCCAAACCAAGGGUACUUGUUUGGUGAUUUUGAGUGGUGGAGCUGGCUGUGCUGGCUCUCACUAGGAAAAUAAUGAUAAUUAUGCUGUUUGAUUCAAGCAUUUGGUGUGGAAAACAUCCUGCUACCUUGUUACAUCCAAAUAAAUGUAUGUUUGUUUGAUUUCCUUCCCUGUCUUCCCCCAGUACCUCCUCCCCUCAUCAAUUCCCAGCUUUUGGUAAGCUUGUACUUACAGGCAUGUGUAACCUGUGCCCAACUUUUGACAACCUUGCAGGUGGAAGCUAAUAAUUUUUUGGCAAACUCUAGAAGCAGACUGAUGCUAAUCUGCUGGUUGAGGAAGUGUGUGUUGUGCAGUGUUGAUCACUCAAAAGCUGAAGAUAGCCGAAUUCAGGAAAGGAAGGAAGCCAGACCACGAUGAGGAGGGUUUGAGCUGCUGCUUUGAGGGUGUACUUGCAGGCUUAGUAGUUGUCUGGUAAAUUGCAUUUGCAUAAACUGUUAAAACAGCAAAUCCGUGAAGUCCUUCAUCUCACUAUGUCUGUGCAGGUGAGCAUGGUGUAGAGACAGCAUGCAGGUGCAUCUGCAUUUACUGAAGUGGCAUCAGUGGCUGUAUAUCCUCUGAGAUGAAUUCAGCACCAAAACCUAGCUGUGUGUUUGAGGAAUGAAUGAUGGGCACAAGCUCACUGUAGCCACGACUUAAUUGACCGUGCCCUCUUUGAUCACACUGUUCUUUCUUUUUGUAAUGAACAAUUAGGAGCUCUGUGUUCACCGUAGCCUCUUUUCCUUUCUUCCAAGCAAAGCCAAAAUGCCUUUACAGAGUACUUGAGGUAUGUUUACUGCAUCCAAAAUAAACUCUCCUUUACCCAUUUAGAUCCAUUUAGGACAUCUGGCUGCUCAUGAAGAGUCCAGUCAGGCCUCCCACUGUCGGUUGCUCCCUGUUACCUGGGGCCUGUUUGGCUGUAAGCCGUGGGAGACGGGCAUGGCCAGGAUCGAGGAGGCCAGUGGCUGUGCUGCAGGGAGCAGCCUUGUUCUUGCAGCCGCCGCGGAGCUGGAGGGAUGGCUCUUGCUGCAGCAAUGCCUGUCUGUCCGUGGAAAAGGUGGGGGGGUCUGGAGCGAUGGCCCUGCUAAACUGUUGCUCUCCCACCUGUGCAGGCAUACAGUUACUCGUUCUGGCAAUGUUUGUUAACAGGGAAAAAAGCUCAAAAUUCAGUGGGUGUGGUUGUUUGGAAAAGUGUCAUAAAACACGUGUGUGCGCUACAUGCUCACAUCCGUGCACACUUGUCUCAGACAAUCCCAUUCAUACUUACUUCAGCCGAACCACCUUACUGAAGUGUUUAUUGCCACCAAGCAGCUUGUUUUUUUCUUUUUGCAGUUACCAAGCAUUCAGUGGAUUUGGUGAAAUGCUGUAAUCCUGCUGUCGCUGGUUACAAAAUACACCAAUGCCUGAAAACAGUGUAAUUGGCUCUUGCGUGAGCAUCCACUGCCUUAUGUGUACAUGGGGUUUUCUUGUAUUUUUUCAUGGCUGGUGGGGAAGGCAAACUCUCCAGGUCUGACGGUCUUCUCUGUGGUCUGCACAGCUCCCUCCAGUACUCUAAGUUACAUAUGCAUAUGAAGGGGAGACCAGACACUUUUGUGUGUAGACUGAGAAUGAAUUAAUAUCUUACAAGCACUGUGAAUAUCUAUUAUGCAACUUUUUGUAUUCAUAUGAAAAAACUGUUCCUAUCAGUAAUAGAUGUAUUUUUUGUUUGUCUUGGAUUUAGGAGGUCUCUUGUUAUUUUUGGUUUUGAUUAGUUUGGUAGAGGGUAACAUGUAAGCAUUUAUCAGCUGAUGUUAGAAACUAGCUGCCAAUAUUUGUACAUAUUUGUAAAAUAGUCAUGGUAUAAUAACUCUGUUUUAAUGGUAAAAGUUUCUCCUUUCCAUGAAAGGAAUUUCUUGUUUAAAAUAAAAUAUAAAUAAUUAUAUGUACACCUGCAAUAAAGUAUGGAUAGAA